AUGUUUGCGCUAGAUCCGUUCGACCCACACGGCGGCGGCGGCGGCUCAGGCAGGAGCGGGGUGCCGGACGAGCGGGGCGGCGGCUUUGGGCCGGGCGCGGGCCCCCAGUUCAAGCCGUCACCCUUUCACGGCGGAAGUGGCGGCGGCGGCGGCGAAUCGGCGCCCGUGAAUGCCCUGGGUGAGCCCUCUUCCACCCUGCUGGCCAUGAACCUGACCUUGUCCGGGGAAGGCUACGGCGGUUUCCACGCCCCCCGCGGCGGCCCUCCGGAGUUGGGCCAGGCCCAGCCGAUCCACGGAUUCUUCGGCAGCCCGCCGCCUGGCCCGGGCGCACACCACCAGACCCAACCACCGCCCUCGCACUUCGGGGGUGGCUUCGGGCCCGAACCCAGCGCCUCCUGCCUGCACGGCGGGCGCCUCCUCGGCUAUUCGGGCGGCCAGCAGACGUUCGCGGCGGACGGCGGCUACGAGCAGCAUCUGGCGGACGGCCAGGCGGGCGGGGACGGCUUCGGACAGCAGAGGGCGGGACCCCUCCAGGACUUCCAGCCGCCGCCGCCGCCGCCGCCGCAUCAUCUUCACAAUCCCGGCGUGCCGGCCCCGUGCCUGCCGCUUGACCAGUCACCUAAUCGCGCUGCCUCCUUCCACGGCCUGCCGGGAACCGCCUCCUCAGAACCGCACGGCCUGGACUCGCAGAGGCGCCUGCCCGGCCAAGGGGCGGCCGCGGUGGAUGCCCUGGAAUACAGUUACCCGAACAGCGAGAGCCAUUUCGACUUGCCCGUCUUCUCGUCGUCAGAGGCCGAGGGGCAGUUGCCGCAGUACGGAUCCGGACGACAGGCUGCUCCGCCGGCAGGCGGCAACUUCCCUGGCCACUCCGCCGCCUUGCCCCGAGCGCCGGGCUCCCUGGGGAAGGUGCCUAACCAACAGUCCCCUCACGGCGUCUUCUUCGAUCGGUUCGGCGGCGCUCGCAAAAUGUCUCUGGGGCUGGAGCCGGGCCUGGGCGCCGGAAGGCACCACCUAGUUCAACAGCAGCCGCCGCCUCCGGCUCUCCUGGCCAGGCAGAAUUCCUGCCCGCCGGCGCUGCCGCGGCCACAGCAGUGUCCAGAAGGAAGCGCCGCCAAUGUGAAUCUGCAGGACGGCGGCGGCCCGAUUUUGCAGGCGCAGCACGGCCAGUUCGAGUAUCCCAUCCACCGGCUGGAGAACCGGGGCCUGCAGCACCAGCCGCAGCAGCACCAGCCGCAGCAUUCCUACGGCCCGGGAGAGCCGCUGUUCAACGUGUCCCACCAUCACCACCACCACAGCCAGCCCCAGCAGCCGCCCAACCAGCGAUUGCAACACUUCGAUGCGCCCCCCUACGCGACCCUCCCCAAGAGGCCCCGCUUCGAUUCGUGGAGCGGCGCUGGAGGGGCAGGCAUGCACGGGGCGCCCGCCUUGGAGAGCCACCUGUCGCCCUCCGCGGCCUAUCCUGGUCUGCCGGGGGACUUCACGCCGCCGGUGCCCGAGAAUUUUCCGCCGCCGCCGGGCCCGGAUCCCCAGGCGGCUCUGCAGCAGCGCCAGAACGCGGCGCUGAUGAUCAAGCAGAUGGCGGCCACCCGCGGCCAACCUCAGCGCCUCCGUCCGCCCAGCCUGCAGCAGGUCGGGCACCACCAACAUCCUCACGCUGCCGGCGGCCACGGCCAUCACCAGUCCCCGCACCAACACCCUGGCGAAGCCGCUUUCGAGGCGCAGGAGGGCGCUUGGUUCCCGCCGCCUCAUCCUCCGCCGGGCGGUGGCGAUUUGCUCUUCCGACCCGGAAUCGGCGGGUUGCAGGAGCCGCCGCCGCCGCCGCCCCUGCGGAUGUCCUCGGGGGGCGAAGGACAUGUGCCCUCGCCCGGCGGCCUGCAAGGCCAGUUCGGCUUGAGCCCGCCGUCGGAGCGGAGGCCGAGCCACCCCGACUUCGCAGUGCAGACGUCGAGCUUUCCUUUUGGGGCCCCCAGUCGCCAGCCCACCCCGCACAGCGCUUCGCCCGGGUCAUUUGGGCCUCCGACGGACUUUCAGAGCUCUGCACCUCCCCAGUCGCAGCCCCGGCCCUCGCCGGCCAGCAGCAAGCUGGGGGCGCUCUCGCUGGGCACCUUCCCCAAAGGCGGCGAGAGCAGCGGCCUCUUCGGGCAGAGCUGCCUGGCAGCGCUCUCCACCGCCUGCCAGAACAUGAUCGCCAGCCUGGGUGCGCCCAACCUCAACGUUACCUUCGGCAAGAAGGGCGCGCCGGCGGCGGUGGGCGGCGGGGCCGGCGGGGAGGGUGGCAAGCGGAGCAAGCUUAGCCCCGCAGAGCCUCCCGAGACAAACGGCGCAGGGCCGCAGCCUCCCCUCACGGUCGCGACGGCUCCUGCGGGCGAAAGCAGCCUCUCCCCUAAUUACUCCCCUGGAUCGGGCCCCGACGCCAAAGCGGGAAGCGGACGAGGCAGGGGACGUAGGAAACGAGACAGCGGCCACGUCAGCCCAGCCGCCGGGACGACGGGCGGCGCCGGCGGCUUCUUUGAGAAGUACGGCUCGACGGCGGCCGUAGAGAGCGGCAGCCCCGGACAAGGCGGGGAGCGAAGCGGCGGCGGCACCCCCCAUCUUCACGAGCCCCCCAAGGCGUUGAGCUCCCCGUCUUCUGCCUGGGCCAAGGCCGGCGGCGACCUCCUCCUCCAGCCUCCUCCGGAGCAAGCCGACCUUCUUCCCUCCCUGGACCAGGCGGAAUCCUGCUCCCCGCGCGGCGGCGGCGGCGGCGGCGACUUCUCCUGCGAGGUGGAAAGCGAGGAGGAGGUGUCUUCCAGCUCCGACAACCAGGGCGCCAAAGGGUGUCCCGCCGGGCGCAGCCCGCUUCAGCCGCCCGCCCGCCCGGUGGACCACCCGCUCCUGAACGGACAGAAGACGUCGGCCCUGGCGCAGCUGGGCCUGCAUGCCGGCAGCAGCACCGCUACCUCCAGUCCCGACAGCUACGGCGCCGCCCCGCCCGGCCCGGUGCAGGAGGAGAUUCACCCGCUGGAGAUCCUGCAAGCGCAGAUCCAGCUGCAGCGGCAGCAGUUCAGCAUCUCCGAGGAUCAGCCGCUGGGCCUCAAGAGCGCCAAGCAGGGUCCCGAAGGCUCGGGCGGGCCCCAGAACGGCGACAGCGGCGAGCUGAGCAGCUGUUGCGAGGGCGCCGGAGCCAAGGGCGCGGUCAGCACUAUCGACCUGGAGUCUCUGAUGGCCGAGCACUCCGCCGCGUGGUACCUUCCCGGAGACAAAGCCCUCCUGGACGGGGAGCCCCGCGAGAAGGCCCUGGUGUCCUGGGAGAAAGCGAAGGCGCCCACGCCCGGCAAGGAAGCCCACGACCUCCCCUCUAGCAAGGCCUUGGCUCCAGCACAGACGGGCAGCCACUUGCAGUGUCUCUCUGUCCACUGCACAGACGACAUGGGUGACGCCAAGGGCCGGACUGCAGUGCCAACGUGGAGAUCCCUGCACUCGGACAUCUCCAACAGAUUUGGGACUUUUGUGGCUGCCCUGACUUGA